UCGAUGCCUGUCCAGACCAAAAGACUCUAAACCACAAGACGAAGUCUUAAGUAUUAGACUGCCCUUCUGCCGUAAUGACUUUUUUGUCGAACAGCUGUCGGUUGAUUCGGCGUUUAUUGAGGCCGUCUCAUUCGUCUGUGGCUCUCGCGCGCAUCCCGUCAAUCAGUCCUCAUUCACUUCGCAGGUUUGCCACAACCAUGGCUGGAAGUAACUUGCCAGAGUUUUGUUUGGACUAUAGGAAAUAUACUGUUGAAAUGAUAAGCAAGCCCACAUCAGAAAUUAUGAGCAAAGUCCGCAAACAGAUGGAUGAGAUAGCUGCCGUGCCAGAUGACAAGGUGUCGUACGACUCGGUGAUUGGCCGGCUGGCGGACAUUGAGACGGAGCUGGACACGUUUACCAGCUGCACAGCCCGCCUGCCGGCCGCGGCCGCCACCGAGAAGGCCGUGCGGGACGCCGCCAGCGAGGCUGAGAAGGCACUCGAGAAGUUCAGCAUCGAGCUCAGCAUGCGCAAGGACAUCUUCGACAAGCUGGUGACCUUCAGUAAACAGACGGAGCUGUCCAGCUUACACCCGCAAACGAAGCGCUACGUCGAGAAGCGAAUCCUGACGGGCAAGAGAAACGGCCUGCAUCUGGACCAGGAGACCCGCGACAAACUGCAGGGGCUGCGCACGCGCAUGUCGGAGCUUACCAUUGAGUACAUGAAGAACUGCAACGAGGACGACACGUGGGUGCCGUUCACGGACGCCGAGCUGGCUGGCGUGCCCGACACGUUCCUGCAGGGCCUGGAGAAGACUGACGACGGCCGGCGCAAGGUCACCGUGCUCGCGCCACACUUUAUCGUCCUCAAGAAAUGCUCGGUGCCCGACACCCGCCGCAAGCUGGCGCACGCGCGCGCCGCCAAGUGUAUGAAGGCCAACACGCCGCUGAUCGAGGAGUUCGUUCAGUACUUCCACCAGUUCGCAAACCUGCUCGGCUACGCGACCAACGCGCAUUACAAGACCGAGAUAAAAAUGUCGAAGACGCCGGAGACGGUGACGACGUUCCUGAGCGACCUCAAGGAGAAACUGCAGCCGCUGUGGGCCGAGGAGCGGCGCCUCUUCCUCGAGUACAAGGAGGAGGAGUGUCGGCAGGCGGGCGUGCCGUUCGACGGCCAGAUCCACCUCUGGGACGUGUCCUACUACAGCGCCAUGGCCGAGGAGCGCAAGUACGCCGUUAACCACGAGGCGCUGCGCGACUACUUUCCCGUGGACCGCGUGACACGGGGCAUGUUCGACAUAUACGAGCGCCUGCUGGGGCUGCGCUUCAGCCGCGUGCAGGGCGCCGAGGUCUGGCACGAUGACGUCACUCUCUACCGGGUGGAGGAGGCUGACGGCGGCCAGCUGACGGGCUACUUCUUCCUGGACCUGUACCCGCGGGACGGCAAGUACGACCACUUCUGCGUCGACUCGCUGCGUACCGGCCGCCAGCGCGAGAACGGCUACGAGCUGCCCGUCUGCGUCAUGCUAGCCAACUUCCCCAAGCCCACGGCCGACAAGCCGGCGCUCUUCAGUCACGAGGAGGUGGAGACGUUCUUCCACGAGUUCGGCCACGCCAUGCACUGCAUCUGCUCGCGUGCCCACUACACUCUGUUCGCCGGCACCAGCGUGGAAGGCGACUUCGUGGAGGCGCCCAGCCAGAUGCUGGAGAACUGGGUGUGGGAGCCGGAACCGCUGGCGCUCAUGUCAGGCCACUACCGGGACGGCGCGCCCAUCCCAGCCGAGCUGCUCGCCACGCUGGUGCGCUCGCGCCAGGCCAACAGCGGCAUCUUCAACUUGCGCCAGGUGGCACUGGCCACCUUCGAUCAGAUCAUCUUCUCACAGCCCCGCUCGGACACGGCAGCUAUCUUCGGCCAGGUGUACCGCGAGGUGACGGGCAUCGAGACUAUGCCCGACACCAACUUCGCCGCGUCGUUCGGCCACAUGGCGGGCGGAUACGACGCCAACUACUACGGCUACCUCUGGAGCGAAGUCUACAGCGUCGACAUGUUCGAGGCACGCUUCAAAAAGGAGGGCAUUUUGUCGCCGGAAGUCGGCAGGGACUACCGCAAGUGCAUCCUGGAGCCCGGUUCCACAAUCGACGCCUUGGACAUGCUGAAGAAGUUCCUGGGUCGCGGGCCCAGUCCGGAGGCGUUCCUUCGAAGCAAGGGACUUGCCGUGUGACUCCCCGGCCGACCCGCCACUGGGCUCGCAGCGCAGCUUGACGACCGUUUUGUUGCCGGCACAUUGUAAUCAGGUCUAAAUACCUCACAUAGUUUCCGAAAUGCCACGGACAUUGCGCUAGCCUGCAGUAUUAGUCGCCCGUUGUUUUGUUUUCCUGUGUGCUGCUGCGACGCUGGGCGUCGCGCGCCUCCGCACUGGCAGGCCAUGUUGGCUCCGUUUGCAUUCAAGGGUUCUGGUUGUGUUUUACAUGCGGUGGUUGUUGGUCGUCACUACGAUUACGGUAAUGCUACAAAGCACCUAAAAUACAAAUAUUACCAUGUUUG